AUGAGACCAAACUGUUCCAGCAGCUCAGCCUGCCCUGCCAACAGUUCGGAGGAGGAGUUGCCGGUGGGGCUGGAGGCGUAUGGAAACCUGGAACUUGUGUUCACAGUGGUGCUGGCCGUGAUGAUGGGCCUGCUCAUGUUCUCCCUGGGAUGCUCCGUGGAGAUCCGGAAGCUCUGGUUGCACAUCAGGAGACCCUGGGGCAUUGCUGUGGGACUGCUCUGCCAGUUUGGGCUCAUGCCUCUUACAGCCUAUCUCCUGGUCGUCAGCUUUUCUCUGAAGCCGGCCCAAGCGAUUGCCAUCCUCAUCAUGGGCUGCUGCCCAGGGGGGACCAUCUCAAACAUUUUCACCUUCUGGGUUGAUGGAGAUAUGGAUCUCAGCAUCAGUAUGACAACCUGUUCCACAGUGGCUGCCCUGGGAAUGAUGCCACUCUGCCUUUAUCUCUACACCUUGUCCUGGAAUCUUGAGGAGAGUCUCACCAUUCCAUAUCAGAACAUAGGAAUUACCCUUGUGUGCCUGACCAUUCCUGUGGCCUUCGGUGCCUAUGUGAAUUACAGGUGGCCAGAACAAUCCAAACUUAUUCUUAAGGUUGGGGCCAUUGUUGGCGGAGUCCUCCUCUUGGUGGUUGCUGUUGCUGGUGUGGUGCUGGCGAAAGGAUCAUGGAAUUCAGACAUCAUUCUUCUGACCAUCAGUUUCGUCUUUCCUUUGAUUGGCCAUAUCAUGGGCUUUCUGCUGGCACUUCUUACCCACCAAUCUUGGCAGAGGUGCCGGACCAUUUCCUUGGAAACCGGAGCUCAGAACAUUCAGAUGUGCAUCACCAUGCUCCAGUUAUCUUUCACUGCCGAGCAGUUGGUCCAGAUGCUUAACUUCCCAUUGGCCUAUGGGCUCUUCCAGCUGUUGGAUGGAUUUCUCAUUGUUGCAGUGUAUAAGAUGUACAAGAGGAGACUGAAGAACAAACACAGGAAAAAGCACCCGCACUGUGCAGAAGCCUGCUGUAAGAAGAAACCCAAAGAGACCAGUGCUUUCUUGGAGGUGAUUGAAGAAGCCGCUCUCACUCCUGGGCCGUCGGGGCCCGUGGCUCACGGGGCUCUCGAGCCAACUGGCCGCAUCUCACGUGCCAAGUAGGGGCUUGCUGGCUUGACGGGUCCCUGUCCUCCUCAGCGGGCAGCAAAGACAGUGCAGAGCUGAUGAGGGAAUCUCGUUGUCAGGGCUGAUGGGAAUGUUUGAGUGUCAGAUGUUAACACAUUUAUAUUUUUGUGUGCAUUGUGAACUGUCAUAGGAUCCCUUUUUGAAAAUCUGUUCUGCCUAUUUCAGGUUGUUCCUUUGCGGGUUUACACAACAGAGCUACCAGCUGCUGUGUGUGUUCUAUCUUCCCACACAGUGAAGAGUGACCCCCCACUGUUACGUGAAGUCAUCCUCAAGUUGAGAAUUUUAAUGUCACAAGAGUUAGGACUCUGUAUAGAGGGGAUGUCACCUCAUACCGCAGGGCAAGGACAGAGUCUGGACCCACCUGACUUCUUGACUUUGGGCAAGUCCUUUGUGGCAUUGGGGAGGAAGCAUACAGCUCUUAUUAAAAAUGGGGUCUUUUUGCAAAUGAUUGUUAUUUUUUAGAGCUUGAAAAUCUUUUUGGAUUAUAGAUGAAAUAUAUGCCUAGAGGGAAUUUAAUGGACAUUUAAGGUUAGUAUUUUUACUCCAUAGAGAGAGGCACACAUAUAUUCUUUUAACAUAUAUUUAUAUGUUAUGUCAUUUUAAAAACAUGGAGAUCACUCCAUAUAAACUUAUGUAAGUCACUUAAUGACAUAUUAUGGAGCAUCUUUAUGUGUCAGUCUUUGUUGAACUACCUCAUUCUUUAGAACAGUGGCUCCAUAGAAAUAUUCCAGUGCAUGGAAGGACUGUAAUUUAUUUAACUGUUCCUUAUUCACAGACAUUUAAAUAGCUUUCAACUUACUGGUAUCACAGUGCUGCUACAAACACUUGUGCCUUCAUGGAGGUAUUUCUGUGGGAUCACUUCCUAGGCUUGAAUUGCCAGGUUGACUGCACAUCGCAAUGCUGGGCAGAGAGCUCUCUGGCACCGUUGUAUAAAGUGCCUGGGAGCGCCUGGUUUCCCAUAGUCGCACCAGUCUUAAGAAUGAUCAUUCUACUUUAUGAAAAUAUCUCGUCUAAAGUUGCAUUGUUAAAAUUAUGAGUGAAGUAGAGUAUUUUUCAUGAUCGCUUACCUGUUUGUUCUUUGCCUGCUUUUCUAUUUUUUAUUUCCUUUUUGAUGGAUAAAUUUUAACAUAUUAACAUAUUAUAGAUCAUGACCCUUUAUCCUGUUUUGUCAGUAUUUUACCUAGUGUUUUGUCUUUUGUUUUUGUGUAUCUUUUGCUGUAUAGAAGUUUUAUAUUUUUACAUAUUCAGCUUUAUUAGUCUUUUAAAAACUGUUUUGCCCUCAGUGUUGGUCAAAUGUUAGACUAUUUAUAUUUUUGUAUGGAUUGUGAAUUGUAAAAGGAUCCCUUUUUGAGAAUGCAUUUGGCCCCUUUUCAGGGAGUUCUUUUUGGAGCUCUGCAUACAUGCUUAUUAGCUGCUGUGUAUACUGUCUGGCAGUAGGUAAGACCCAUCCUCUUUCUCUGUUCUUACAGUAUUAAAAUCCCAUAUAUUUUUGUUACUUUUAUGUAUUAAAUAUGUACAUGUUUAUUCCA